AUGGCCUUCAACCGGAGGACCGACUGUACGCAUGGCAACCCCGUCAUCGGACAGCGAGCAUGGGAGGAGGCGUUCGGGAUGCAUCAAGAGCGACUGAGGAAGAUGAAGCCUCAAGUAGACACGCGGGUGCCUCUCAGCAACGCUUACCAUCGGGCAGUCCGCAAAGAUUAUUAUGCUGACCAGAGAAAAAAAAUGAAUGAUGCAUUCGAGAACUUCAAGAUGCUUCGUGCCAUCGCAACGACCAUGAACAGACCCUCGCCUCUCACCAGAACGCAGGAGCCGCAAUACCACAUCCUCAACCAAGUGGCGCGUCGGAGAGAGCUUCUCCGCAUCUACAAGCAGAAUCAGAUCCUUCUUCAGCGAUUGGAAGCAACGCGACCGGUGGCUGUGAAUCGGACAAACCGAGAUCUGCUUGAGCACGAGCGGUUACUGGCGAACUGCAGUUACUCCACGCGGCGGCUGCGCCAGCGGGCUCAAAAGUCUCCUGUUCUGCAUCCACGGCCUUCCUCGUCGCCCUCUCCUUGCAAAGCAAAUACAGCUACCACGCGCAAUAGCUCACAGAAAAGAUCUCCUCUGGCAAGCCGGACGGUCCUCAGGUCUUCACAAAAUCCCAGGCCUUUGCACCAAGCUGAAACAGUGACACCCCUUCGGGAUGCCGGUACGAGGCUGCCGGUGUCGAAAAGCGUUCCAAACCUGAGAAGCAACAGCUUUCUCGCGGAAGAAGGCCGCGCAGACCACAAUGUCAAAAAUCGUUUCCGCUGGGAAGACUACACCGUCUACCCGACCAGCGCUGUGAUGGGCAGGAAGCCGCACCCGUUCAAAGAGAGCGAUAUGACGGCUCAUCGUCUGCUGUGCACAAAUAAGGGAUGA